CUCAAAAGUAAAAGUAUAACGUAAAAGUGCUUAUCUCGAACGACAACCGCGACUGUGCAUGACCCUAAAUACUGUCCAAAUAUUCUCCACUUUUUUAUUGUCUUUACCACAAACAUUCUUCAUUAUUCAAAUUUUUGUACUGUACAGAAUUAGCAUGUUUCGGGAGUAAAGAUUCGUCGAAAUAAUGAAGAAAUUCAGGGACCGUCGAGAUGAUCGUCGUUUGGGAAUCGUCCCUUCGGUUUCGCCAGAUUCUUUAUCCGUUUCGGACACUGAAUAUCGUUUUUCAGUACCAUCGCUGCCUUGCUUUUCCCCCUCUAACUUCAGCCGGCUGCUCGAAAUUCAGCGAUGAACGAAUAAAAAUCGUUGGUGAGGAAAGAUCACAAAAGUUCAAAACAGAAAAAAAUUCUCAUGGAUCCAUCGAAAUUCUCAGUUCGCGUUAAAAAUCCGACGACCAUUCGACAGGAGAAAUUCAGCGAGUCUUCGUACUCGAACUCUUUCGAUACCACGCACGAUUACAAACCUCCGAUUCGGUAUGACAAAUACGAAAAUAAUGUGGCCUCUUGGUGUGCGCCGCGGAAAAUUCGGGCCAAAGAUUCGACGACUUCUUCGGAAGAGGACACCGAUAAAGAAUUACGAACUAUAAAAUCGUCGAAAAACCUCAAAAGUAUUCGGGCAGAGCGAAAGUCGCAGCGCGCAAAACGCAUCGACGAAUUAGCCCGACCGAAAGUCAUCUCAAGUCGCGUAUUACGAUCUAACGAAAAUCAUUACAAGGUUAGCUCCAAGUUGCAAAGCAAAGCAGCGAUCAAGACGAGCUCGCAGAACAAUCUCCUGACGAUCGAGCCUCGAGUCAUUUUCGAAAAGCCGGUACUACGGCACAGGAGGCCCGCAGAUCGUUUUGCCAAACUUGCCGAGCCCAAAAAACGAGCAUCUGAGGCGAUGAAUCAGAUGGGCAAAGCCGAAGAUCGCGCAGCUUUAGCAGCUUAUUCUAAAAGGAUCGCUGAAUUGGCAGUUCCGAAAUACGGUCCGACGAAAAUUCCACCAACCGAUAGACCGAAUCCAUUUGCCGUGAAUCCACAAGCUCUGAAAGCAUCGUGCUCACCAAACAUCGAAAAGCUAGCUCGUCCCAAAAAAUUGGCUCCCUCAGUUUCGAAUUCGAAGAUAAAUCGUCGUUAAAAAAUGGGCAUUGACGCAACAAGUUAUUUGAAAAACAGAAAAAUGUCAGCGACAUUCGAAUUUUUCGUAUAAAUUUUCAAGGUUUUAUUUGUAAUUAUAC